CGACAGCGGAGAGACCCACUUCUGAGCUCCCAGUUGAGGCUUGGGCAGUCGGGACGCCGAGUCGGCGCCGACACGGCCCAGGUCUCACAGGGACGCGCACGCUGGGGCAGGUGCUUGUCCGGCCCAUGCCGCUACGCGUUGCGGCCCUGCUUCAAGCAGGUUCUGCCUCCGCAGCAACCGCAACCUCGGCACAGCCCGUGUGCCAAACUGGCAAUGAGGGCAGAGCCAGCGACGUUGCCGCUGCAUUGUCAGGCUCCGGGAUGACUGCCGCGCUGAUGCUGGUGCUGGCGGCAGCGUUCCUGUGGCGGCAGUGGCGCCAGCUGCAGUGGCAUGCCGUGGCGCGUCGUCCCUCUGGCCAGACGGCACCCUGGCCUGCAGCCGGCGUGCAGGAACAGCAUGGCCGGGGGCAGGCAGAGCAGCCAGUGGCCCAGCCGCUGCAGCAGGAGGCCGAUGAGCAGCCAGGGCCACGGGGUCCCCAGGACAAAGGACAGCAGCAGGAGGGAGGUGGCCUGGUGUCGCUAACGGCAACGACUGUGUCGCUGGAGCUCAAGACGCCUUCCACGGUCUCUCCCUUUGCGGCAGCAGCAGCCGGUCUGCAGCCUUUUGCAAGCCCGACGCGGCCUGAGCAGCAGCAGACGCAGCAGGCACCACAGCAUGCGCCACGAUUGGAUGGUCGGCGCUCCCCGCCGCACCUCAGCACCGCGCAGCUGCCCCUCGCCCGGCUGCCGGGCAGCGGCGACAGCAGCAGCAGCAUCGGUAGCGUGGCCUCAGCCGUGGGCAUCACCGCACCUGACCGUGCCUCGCUGAGCGAGCUGCGUGCUGAGCUGCUGUCCGAGAGCGGGGCGCUGCCUCUGUCUCAGCUUGGAGCCACGGUGCCUGGCGGUUUCUCCUGGGAGCAGCAGCCAUCGCAGCAGCAGCACCAGGUUGAGCAGAGCACAGAGCCAAGCAGCUCCUCGCACCCACACCUCUGGUGGAAGUUGGCACCAACAGAGGUGGAGAUCUGCCGGCGGCCGGAUGGCUCGCUAUGGCAGCUGGGCGCAGGCGGGUUUGGGCGUGUCUACAAGGCCAUGCGGUUUGGUGUGCAGCCGGUGGCAGUCAAGGUUCUAGCGCCUGCCGCCGAGGCGCGCCACGGCGUGCUGGAGGACUUCCAGCGCGAGGUCCAGCUGCUCAAGGCCUGCAUAGACCCCUCCAUUGUGCGCUUUUUGGGAGCCAGCCUGUCCCGCGACUUCACCAUGCUGGUCACUGAGUACUGCGAAGGCGGCACCCUGUCGGCCAACCUGGCGGCGGGACGCAUCAGCUGGUAUCGGCGCGGCAAGCAGGUUGCGCUGGAUGUGGCGCGAGGCCUGGCCUUCAUGCACGGCCGCCGCCUGGUGCACUUCGACCUCAAGUCUGCAAACAUCCUGCUGGACAAGCACGGCAACGCCAAGAUCUCCGACAUGGGCAUGGCCAAGCUGCUGGCACAUGAGCUGUCGGCUGUGACCGGCAACCUGGGCACCCUGAGCUGGGCGGCGCCUGAGAUGCUGCUGGGGCAGCGCUGCACCGAGAAGGCCGACAUCUACAGCUUUGGCGUGGUUCUCUGGGAGCUGUGCACAGCGUGCGUGCCGGUGCGGGGCCGCAUGCGGAAGCUGCGGGUCCCCGCCGACUGCCCCGCCCAGGUGGCGGCGCUGGUGGAUGACUGCAUGGAGCCAGACCCCACGCUGCGCCCCUCUGCGCAGCAGCUGGUGGAGCGGCUGCUGCUUGCGCCGGCUGCGCCGUCGCCGGAACAGGGCGCUGGCGAGGCGCCACAGGCGCAGCCCAGGCGUCAGCGACAAGAUGGGACGGCAGCACGGCCGCCGCUGCCGCGCAGGAUGAGCAUCCCCGUGGCAGCCGCCAGCAGCGAUGCGAGGCCAGAGACGCAAGCGACGCAGGAGCGGGGGCCACCGGCGCUGCAGCAGCACAGGGGCAGCCUGCCGCUACCCAAGCAGCCUGCUGGCACUGCCAGCUCGCCCGCUAUCCAGGCCUCUUGCAUCAGGCGCCACUCCUCAACCCCGCCCGAGUACCAGUCAGACGUGUAUGGCUUGGGCAUUUAGUAAGCGUCAACAUGGUAGUCUGCAGCCCAUUUACCACAUCUUCACUUUGCUGAAAUCUCUCUCAAUCCUCUUCUCAUGCCUUCCAGACAUUAUGACGAAUCCCUUGAUAAAAGGGACGCAACUCUUGCCCCUGCUGCUUCUUGCUUGGUCAUGCUUGCUGUUUGACUUGCUGUCUGAUUGUAGAGUAGCCAAAUGUAUCAUCAUGUACAGAACAAUCACAAC